AUGCGGGGACGGCAUACCACUGGCCGCCUCCCACUCACCGGGGAACGCCGUGGCUGGCGGACCCAGAUGGGGGACCUGGGGACAAAAUCCCUGGGUAGGCACCCGCCCUCAUCUUUUGGCACAUCGGACGCCGAGUAUAGCAGCCUAACCGGGAUGCGAACUGGCGGGGAGGGAAUAGGGCUUUUAGUCCGGCAGGACUGUGGCAACCUGCCAACUGGAAGCCCAGCGGACCCGUUACUUCGUCCUCAGACCAGGACGCCCGGGAGGUCUGGACAUGAGUCCUGCGGAGCCCCUGAUGGACUCGCCGCGGUCCUCCCGGAGGUUCCAUCUCGGAUGAGCCUUACUCUUGGAUACCGGGGGGAAACUAUUCAUCCUUUUUGGGGCUCGGACGAUAAAGGGACAUGCGGGCGUGGGACGACGCCGCACAUCUUGGAUAUCCUGUGGGAUCUACCACAUGGAAUAACCUGGGGGUAUUCCAUGUUGGGGUUUAGCUUGGGCUUGGGAUCUGAGGAUCGAUCCCAAUCGGUGGUCGUGAAGACUUCGAGGAUUCGGGCCUGUUUCCGGUGCACAGGGGGCAGGCCUCCCCAGAAGAGCAGCAUGGGGACUCCGCAGGAAUCAAGAAAGGAUUUACCUGGAGUGCAGCUAGGGAGUGGCGACAUAACCACUGAUAAUUCCAUCUCCCAUCUGUCAUCAACGGACGCUUUGCUUUUCGCAACAAUGGAGCAGGUACGUCAGUAUGAUUUUACACGCGCUGCCCAGCGACUUCAGGAAGCUGUAGCGAAUGUUCCACCAGCUCUCUUUGAGCCACUACAGCUUGAUGGAGACACGGACAACGAGUCGGGUGCUCCUUCUUCGCGUCCUUCGGGACUCGAGGAAGGUCCACCUCAUAUUCCUACUUUGCCGGUUAAUCAACUUUUUCAUGAUCAGUCUGUUCGUUUGCCUAAGUUUGAUCUCCCAGUCUUUACUGGAGAUAUCGCUAAGUUCGCGGAGUUCUGGGAUGAUUUUGACUCAGCGGUUCAUUCGAACCGCACCAUUCCAUCUACCGUCAAAUUCCAUUACCUCAGAACUUCACUCAAGGGCGAGGCAUUAUCUAUGGUAGCAGGCUUCGAGAUUACGGACGUUAAUUAUCAGUUGGCUAUUAACAUCUUACGCAAGACUUAUUCUCGUCCAUCGUUUCUUCGCGUCCAACUGAGCAGUCGUUUACAGCAGUUAAAGCCAGCAACGGCUUCGGCGCUCAAUCAGCGUAUUACGAUAGCGCAGGCACUAGCAUUACCAUCUGGUCCAAGAAGACCUCGAGAUGGAGAUAGAACUCCCUCUCGCAGAUCUUCGCCUCCUAGUCCUGUAAGGUAUCCUCGUACUCGUCGACAGAGCCCCGCGCUGAGGCGCUCGAGGCGAGAUGAAUAUGCCUCUGUAGUUUGCGCAUUCUGGAGAUUUCGCUCACGCGACUCCUACCAGAACUGUGUGGAGACUACAACCGCAGAGCCACACUAUGUAGGAGACCUUGUGGACGACGAGAAUGAAGACUAUCCAUCUGACUCGAACGAUGUCCACUGCUUAGCUACGCACAACCGUAAGCAGUCAUCAGACAAUCCACGUCUCAUGGUAGUCACAGUUCGAGCGCGUAAUAACACCACGCUGGCGGAUGAGCUACUUGUAUCGCUGCUAGAUAGCGGAGCGCAGCAUAGCUUCAUCGAAAGCUGUUAA